UUUCAGAUCUAGGACUGGAAAAAAAAACCAAGCACGAAGAACUGAGAAUCCUGCAAAUUUGUAACAUUGAGAUGCAAACAUAUGGCUGCGGUUAUGACAUUAAAGAGUUCGAGAAUUAUACCAGGGCUGUUGGAAUCGGAUAGUAUGAAUAUGGACAUUAAACAAGAAAUAGGAGACCCCGAUUCAUGCAUUCACAGUGGUCAUUUUAUGUUGAGUCGAGUCCAUGACCCCAAUCUAGAUGAAGAUGAUGAGGAUUCCUCCUCACUGGCCGCUAUUGAUCAACCUGCACCCUACGAUUUUACUGCCUCAAAGAAAGAACCAGCAGAGUCUUAUGAAUUUAAGGAGCAACCUUCAUCAACAAUUGAAACCUCACUUUCAAAAUUGUUUGACUGUCUAAGUUUAGCUUACAGUGGAAAGUUAGUAUCUCCAAAAUGGAAGGCAUUUCGAGGACUUCACAUGACAAUCAAGGACAAGGUCAGAUUAAACAACAUCAUCUGGAGGGAAUGGUACAUGCAAUAUAUUUAUGGAAAAAGUACUGUGAUCUGCCAGUUUGCUUCACCUAUGUCUGAUGACAUACACACCAGACCAGAGGCUAUUGUGUUAGAAGGGAAGUAUUGGAAAAGAAGAUUGGACACAGUCACACAUGAAUAUAAAAGAUGGAGGAAAUUUUUCAAAAGCAAAUUUGCCCGAUCCAAACCAGAUCCAUCUCUGAGUGAGGUGAUGUCGCAUGCUGAACUACUGGAUAGACUGAGAGAUGUUCACCAGAUACCAUAUAACACCCAGCAUAGCUCGGCCACAGAUCUUAUGUUAGAGAGUAUGGAUAUAGAUUUUACUCAGGAUUUCUUCUCCCAGCUCAAUCAGAGCCAGCCAUUUGCCUUCCCUACUGCUAAAGAAUUUACUGGUUUUGGAAUUGCUGACCUUACACAGCCUGGUUUGUUGUCUUUACAACCAACAUUAGAAGACUUUCCCAUGGAUACGUUUGAUCUCCAAGAUAUGAUCCAGUUCUCACAAAGUCAGUCCUUGACAAACAAUGUGAUACAGUUUACUGGUAACAAUAGUCAUGAACCCGACAAUCUCAGAUUUCAGAUGCCAGUGCAACAAGACAUUGAAAUGAAGCCAGACUUACUUCAAGGUCAAACAAAUGCUGAAGGUCAGAUGAAUAUCAGUGGUUUAAACCUGAUCAAUUUAUUGUUAUCUGGAGACACUUCUCAACAAUCAUCUCAGAUACAAUUAAACAAUACACAAACAAUUUUAAAUCAGUUUCUACAGCAACAAGGGCAGCAAUUGAUACCAGAUCAAAAUCAGCCGGCAUUAGUGAUAUCAGACAAUAGUUCGGCAAGGUUAUCUAGUAAUCAAGGUCAGGCCAAGGACACAACAUUAUCAACGUUGCAGGCGGCUCUCUCUGGAAAUUUGUCCAAUAAAAAGACAAAGGAUAAAAAUUCCAUGGUUACUGUAACUCCGGCAACAUCAAUCCUCUCGAAUAAGACAGGAGGGAUUGGAGCCACUAGUAAACGACAGACUAAAAAAGAUGGAUUUGUUGUGCCUCAGGGCAAGCCAGUGACAGUGAGAAGUAAAUCUACAAUGAGAACUAUAGCUCCUGCCCCUGUCGUACAGAAGACUUCAUACUCUGCCUUGGAGGAACUUCUUAAAACAGGUACUUAUCCAGGAGCAGUAAUUAGUGUGAAGAAUGAGGGCAAUAAAGCAUCAGCUACUUAUGUUUCUCAAACUCCAGUUAAACCAAUAAAGCCAGCCUUUUCUUCUCCAGCUUUGUCUUCAGUCAUUGAUAAACAAACUUUACCAACUGUAAAGACUGACAGCCAUUUACUGAAGUCCAUCAGUACAGAUGAUAGUGAAAUGACUAGUAUUUUAUCAUCGAUUGGUAAACCUACUUUUCAUAUUAAUACAUCUCUAAGUGCUGACAUACCUCUCAGUCCUGUGUCGUCUGCUGGUAGUCCUAUACAGUCCAUUGACAAUCCAUUGGAUACAUCACUUGGUUCUCCUACUGGCUACAAUAAAGACAAAGAGGCAAUACACAGAUCAUCAGAGCAGAAGAGAAGAUUUAAUAUCAAGCAUGGGUUUGAUACCCUUCAUGUUUUAAUCCCAGCAAUAAUGCAAAACAGUAAUGCUAAAAUCAGUAAAGCAGCUAUGUUACAGAAAACUGCUGAGUAUUGUAAAAAGUUAAAACAAGAAAGAGCACAAAUGCACAAUGAAGCAGAAAUCUUGAGGAAUGAAAUAGAAACAUUAAAUAAUGCAAUAGGACAAUGUCAAGCACAGCUUCCGGCCACUGGUGUUCCUGUGACAAGACAGAGAGCUGAUCAGAUGAAGAAAAUGUUUGAAGAAUAUGUUAAGAAUAGAACACUUACAAACUGGAAAUUCUGGAUUUUUUCAAAAAUAAUAGCCCACCUGUUUGACACGUUUAAUGCCAUGGUGUCUACCAGUAGUACAGAGGAGCUGUGUAGAACUACACUCAGUUGGUUAGAUCAACACUGUUCCUUGGUCAACCUUCGACCAGACGUGACUAAUGCCUUGACAUCAUUGAGUACAACAACAAGUAUUCUAUCUGAUCCCUCCAAACUGCCUGAACAAGCUACUAAAGCUGCACUCAAUCCUAAAUCUGAACCACGGUGACAAAAGGAUACAAAGGGAAGAUAACCCUUCCAAAAAUAGUGCUUUCAAGAUGGCUGCUUCAAGCUUUUGUUGGACUUGCAGAAACAGAAGACUUGAAAUUACCUUUGUACUUAAUGAGAAAUGUAAAGCAGGGUUGAUUCUUGUAGUAUUUGAUAGAAAGUGUGAUAAUGGAAUGGAAAUUUAAAAGAAGUCCUGAUUCAGGAAUAAAAUGUUUUAAUUUUAAAAUAUUAUAUGUAAAUUACAUGGUUUACAUACCCAACAAAUCCUGUAUCAGGAAUAAAAGUGGUUAUUUUUAAGACUAAUUUGUAAAUAACACAUGACAAAUACAAGGUUAGUGUUUUCCUAUGAUUAGUACCUAUGUAUAUUAUUACAGGGUAUGAAAGCUGUUAGAAAUAUUUAUAUAUAUGGAAACAAAAUCAAAAUAAAGAAAGAAUGAAGUAUUAGUUGAUAAAUCCAUGGUACAGCCAAACCUGUUACAGUGAAACCUGUUUAAACCGAAACCUCUUCGGGACUGAAGAAUUUGUUCGUAUUUGGCCGAUGCUUGGUUUUAUCAGGUUCACAACGUAUACAAUUUGAUAUGACGAUUCUUAAGGACAAUUUUUGGUUUAUACAGGUUUUCGGUUUAGCCAGGUUUCACUGUAUAAAGGUCAACUUUAGUAACUUACCCGGUAGCCAUUCUUGUCACUUCAACAUCAUUUAUUCAUACUAUAGUUAUACAUAUGCAUUUUGACCUCAAUUCAGAAGUCACCUCUUUUGUAAGGUUAUAUUUCUGUAGUCGUGAGGUUGAUCUUUAUUUACUGGUUUGGUUGUACCACUUUAGUUUUAACUUAAUAUGUUCAUAAUGUUAGAUUAAUGCUUUAAAAGCUAGAAUUAAGUAUCCAAGAAAAUCCUUUGUACAAUAAACCCUGUCUAAACUGAACUCAUAUGGAAAGGUUAAAGUUCAUAUCUUUUAAAAUAUGAUAAUUUAUGAUUGUUAUCUGGGUUUAAGUGAUUGCAGAACACCUAAAUGAGCCAACUCUUAUAAAAAUCACCUGAGUGUUUUAAUAACAUACUACAAGUUGAUAUCAAUCAAGCUUAUCAAGGAUCUAGAUAAGUUUUUACAACCGCUUUAUAUCCAAUGAAAUUAUUCCUGUAAAUUGUGUUGUUCAAAUUUCUUGACAACUGUUCAAAACAAGUAUUUUAAAAAAAUUAAACGAGCAAAAUCUAUUUGAGUCCAAGUGUCUGGUUCCCACUUCAAUCUUUAAACUUUCUAGUUUGAGUUAUGGAUGACUGUACUGAAUGUAUCUAUAGGUGUCAUACCACCAGUUAAAAGUCCCUAACUGUUCAACCAAAUUUUGCAAAUUUCACAGAUUUUUAAAUAUUUUACCUUAAAUUUAACUUCAUAGAAACUAAGUAUAUCCUGACUUGUUCAGGUGUCACCUUUCUGCAUGCCAAUUUUCAACAUACAUUCAAAAUCAUUUAAGAACGAAGAGAGCUUCCUAAAGGAGGUACCAUUAAAAGUAACCCCUGGUUUUCUGGAAAUCUUAAAUUAGUAUACUAUGGAGCGCAUUAAUCCUCUAUUUUUAAUGCAAACUCAUAGACAGGUAAAGUUUGGCUCAAAAUGGUCUUAAUAUAUUUUUUUUUAACAAAAGUUUCAUUUCUGUAAAUUUGUUGGUUAGUUUAGGUGAACAAUGACAUCACAUGCACUAUUUUUUUGUGAAAGUUCGUCUCAUUUGUUCCAUUAAAGGAAUGCUUUCCAUACAAUAUGAAAGUACGUAGGUGCCAUAGAAUAAGGACCAGUCAAAAUAUUAGUACCUAGUCAAUAUUAAUCAAUUUGUUGGUUUGUAAUUAUAUAAUCGUGUGUUAUCAUUGAUUGUGAACUAACUCGCUAACCCUUUUGUAAUACUUUUUAAAUUGUUCAACAAUGAUUUCUUCCCCUGUUUUAUGUUGAGUUCCGUUUUGACAGGCCUCAUUGGUUUUUUAAAUGAUAGACAUUGAAUAUAUUAUUUAUUUUUUUUUAAUUUAGAUGAUAUGCACUGUAUAUUUUUUAUGAAAUAUUUAUUUUGGAUGGGUUUAAUUUAAUUAUAUAAUUAGAGACUUAUUAUAAAAGUUAUCAUGAUUUGUCUACAGUGAUUAGUUGUCCCAUUGAUAACAUAUAAUUGUAAGGUUCCAUCUCAUCAUGGAAUACUUCAAAAAAAGAUAUGAAAAAAUGAAAAAUGAUUUCUCUUUAGGGCUUUCUGAGAAACAGGUCCUGGUUUUGUCUGAAACUGGAUACCUCUAGAAAUAUUUUGGUGAUAGGCUUUGUAUUUCCAAACUUUAAUAUUUGUUCCAAAGACUAGUUAUAAUGCAAGACAACUAUGUUUGUUAAAUUUAUAAAAAAAAUAACCUAUGCAGAUACAGUUGAAAAAGUUGUUAAAUAUAAUUCACUUUUAAAAAAAUAAAGUGUGCUAGCUUGACAUUGUCUAAUUAAAAAUAAAUUGAUUUUAUUAUCUGGUAAUGGUUUGUUAAGUGAUUAUAUGAAUGAUAGCUUUAAUAUAUAAGUAAAUCACCAAAUCAUAAUUGUAUAUAUAUUUUAUUCUGUAUAGUAGGAACUCUUUUUUUGCAUUCAACUUUGGUGUAUAGUUGUGUUCACAUGUAAUGUAUGAAUAGGGCAAAUAUUUUGUAAAAAGUAGUUUUUAGUACAUAAGACAGACUUUCCAUUCCUACAAAAUAUUAUACAGCUAAGUUUCACUUGUGAUAUUUAUUUUCACUUAUCUAUUAAUUUUCUUUUUUUUACAGGACAACAAAAAUAAUCUACAACUGCUUAUGAACUAAAGAAUCUAAAUAAUUUAGAAAAAAAUAAGUUUGAAAUGUUUUAAUCUUAAAAUUAAAACAGUUGUCUAGCAUCAAUAAAAGUUCCCAACAAAUGUGCCCUUUUUGUGAGAAUUGGUUGUUGUUUUUUUCAUCAUUAACACUGGUGAUCUCAAUAUGUGUAAUAUGCAAUUACAAUGUAAAUUUUUUUGCAAUUAUCCUCAAAACAGUUAACUUUCAUUAUUGUGAUUUAUAUCAAUGCAAUUUCUAAACGAAUAAUACUCCUUUUUCAAAUGUAGUAAAUGCUUGAUCUAAUUCAUUCAAUAAUUUCGUCUUGUAAUAAUUAUAGAUAAUGACUUCAAAGUUAUGCUUUUUACAUCUACAUUGUAGAAUGCUUUUUCUGGAAAAAUGAAAUAACAAAGUAAGUUGUCUGAAUUUGAUCAAUGUAGUUUUCUUUUAGGUGAGAUUUCAUAGAUAAGAUAGAAAACUAGAAUUCACAAAAACACUAAGUAGACAGAAACUACCUUUUCAGUGCUUCUGCGCUUUGAUUUAUUAGUAGCAUCAGAUCCUCAUCUUGUGAGCAUUUUGAUGAUAACAUGAUUACCAAAUAUCUGUCUAUAUAAUUCUGACUACCUUUGAAGGCUUGUUAUGAGGUAUAAUUCUUUAAUUUUUAAUUUUGAAGAUACAGAAUUAGAUUAAAAAGAUAACAUGAGGGGUAGGGGGUAUAUGCUUGCACAAACAGGAAAUAAAAUGGCCAUUUCACAAUUAAUUAAACCCUUUGUAUAAGCUUUCACAGUGCUCUUUUACUGACUGCACAAAACAUGCUUAAUAAUAAGCUUUAAGCAUGCAAACCUAUGAAUAUAUGCCAUACAUAUUGCACAAAAAUAGCCGUUUAGCUAACUUUAGCACACGCUUUACUAGAUCUUGUCACAUUUUCAAUUGGCAUUAUUUCAUGCACAUUUUGUAUAUGAACUACCUCUCUCAUGUUAAGUUCUAUUGAAAUCCAUCUCAUUGUUUUAGAGUAGUUUCACUUAUAAUUUUUAUAUCAUAAAAAAAAUAAGAUAUUGUAAUGUAUGAUUGUCAAUGACACAACUCUCUACCAGAGACAAAAUAAUAUGGAGAUGAACAACUACCAAUAGGUCACAGUAUUGUUCAUUUAUUCUAUAAUUGCAAUUACGUAGAUCAUUGGAAAAGAAUGCUUUAGUUUGUCUACAUAUCAUCUUAAAAUGAAAUAGAUUCAACCAUUAAAUCUCAUGCAUUAUGGUAUUUCCCUACUCUACUUAACAUUUUAAAAAGCUUGACAAUCCUGGUGUUUUAAUUUUUUCCAACUUGGCUGUCCCCCAGAGAAGAAAUAUCAUAUCACACUUGAUAGUUGUAGUAGAAUAACAUAGCCGUAGCCAGGGGGGUCCCUUGAAACCAAAUAAGCACUGUUAAAGUCAACAUUCUGUUCAAAUUGUGACUGUCAAAGUCGAGUCCCCCCCCCACUUGAAUAAUAUUUAUAACAGCUUUUUUCCAUUCUCUAUCUUUCAUUGAUCUUAGACAGAUUCUCUUCAUUUCGCUUUUAAAAGAUCUUCAAAUCACAAUUUAUUUGCUCAAUUUUUCAAGUCAUUUAGUAUAUACGCUGUUAUUAAGAAUUUUGUUUCAUAUAGAUUUAUAUUUAGAUUAGCAUAUAUAUGUGGCAUUCAAUUAUAGACCAUUUUCAUGCAUUUUUUCUGAGUCAGAAUAGUCAACCAUUUUAGUUUUAAUGUUUAUAGUAUGUUGUUUAAAUUAUUAGCUUGUGUAGUGGCUAAUAAGCACAUAUGCUGUUGUUUAUUGUGUAUUAUUGAAGUGACAUUAAUGAUCAUGUGUAAAGUAUGUGUACAUAAGUCACAUGGUGUUAUAAUAUAAUAAAAUAUACUAUAGCCAUUUA